ACAAGCCUAUUUAACCAGCAACGCUUGGCACACUACGAUCAACUGCGAGAGUGAGGCAAAGAGGAAGUCAGGGAACGGAAGGGUUGAGAUGGAGAUCAGCACAGUGCUGGGCGCAAUAUUGGCAGAGUACGCGGUCACCUUGGUGGCCAUGGCUGUGGGUUUCCUGGUGGUAGGCUACUUGUACGAGCCAUACUGGAAAGUGCGGCACGUGCCAGGUCCCGUGCCCCUGCCGCUCAUCGGCCACCUCCACCUGCUCGCCAUGCACGGGCCGGACGUGUUCUCAGUGCUCACGAGGAAGUACGGCCCCAUCUUCAGGUUUCACAUGGGAAGGCAACCGUUGGUCAUGGUGGCGGAUGCUGAGUUGUGCAAGGAAGUGGGCGUGAAGAAAUUCAAGAACUUCCCUAACCGAAGUAUGCCCUCACCCAUUACCAAUUCUCCUGUUCAUCAGAAGGGCCUAUUCUUCACAAGUGGUUCGAGGUGGACGACUAUGCGAAACAUGAUCCUCUCCAUCUACCAGCCGUCGCACCUGGCCACCCUGAUCCCCAGCAUGGAGUCGUGUAUUGAACGCGCGGCCGAGAAUCUCGAGGGCCAAGAGGAGAUCAACUUCUCCAAGCUCUCUCUCAGCUUCACCACUGACGUCCUCGGGCAGGCAGCGUUCGGAACGGACUUUGGCCUGUCGAAAAAGUUGGCCUCGUCGGACGACGACGAGGACACCCGCAAGAUCGCGGCCGAUACCUGCGCGGAGGCCAAGGCAUCAUCGGAGUUCAUCAAGAUGCACGUGCACGCGACCACGUCUCUAAAAAUGGACAUGUCCGGCUCGCUCUCCAUCAUCGUCGGCCAGCUCCUGCCGUUCCUCCAUGAACCGUUCCGGCAGGUUCUCAAGAGGCUUCGCUGGACGGCGGACCACGAGAUCGACCGCGUGAACCUCACGCUCGGGAGACAGCUUGACAGGAUCGUCGCCGAGCGGACGGCUGCAAUGAAGCGAGACCCGGCGGCGCUGCAGCAGCGCAAGGACUUCCUGUCCGUCAUGCUCACGGCGAGAGAGUCGAACAAAUCCUCGAGGGAGCUGCUCACGCCGGACUACAUCAGCGCGCUCACUUACGAGCACCUCCUCGCCGGGUCGGCCACGACGGCGUUCACUCUCACCACGGCGCUCUACCUCGUCGCCAAGCACCCGGAGGUGGAGGAGAAGCUGCUCAGAGAGAUCGACGGGUUCGGACCCCGCGACCGCGUGCCGACGGCCGAGGAUCUGCAGACCAAAUUCCCCUACCUUGAUCAGGUCCUGAAGGAAGCGAUGAGAUAUUACCCCUCAUCGCCAUUGAUAGCAAGGGAACUAAACCAACAGCUCGAAAUUGGAGGAUAUCCCCUUCCAAAGGGAACAUGGGUGUGGAUGGCACCUGGUGUCCUAGGAAAGGAUCCCAAAAAUUUCCCAGAGCCAGAGGUGUUCCGGCCGGAGCGCUUCGACCCAAACGGCGAGGAAGAGAAGAGGAGGCACCCGUACGCGCUCUUCCCGUUCGGGAUAGGGCCGAGGGCGUGCAUCGGCCAGAAGUUCGCCAUACAGGAGAUGAAAUUGUCAGCGAUCCACUUCUACCGUCAUUACGUAUUUCGGCCCUCGCCCAGCAUGGAGUCUCCUCCUGAGUUUGUGUACUCGAUCGUCUCCAAUUUCAAGAACGGCGCCAAGCUUCAGGUCAUCAAGAGGCAUAUAUAAUGCUUAAUCACAUCAUCAGGAGAACUAUUCGUUUGGAUUUUGGGUAUUGCGCAUAUUAUUAAGUACUCGUUUUCAGUUUAUGUUGUACUGUACUUGUUUUCGCCGGGCAGUCCGUGUUGUACUCGUAAUAUAUAUGAACCACAGCUAGCAAAUCUCCGAGGCAUAAAGUUUCUUAUGAGUAAAUAUCCGAAUAUAAGAUUUUUCUUCUCAUAAAGACCUCUAUAGGUAGAGGAGCAGGCCGUGGGACAUAUCAUGUUGUACGAUGAAAAUAGAUCUAAUAAAGACAGUUAUUAUGUUCGCUGUUUA